AUGGAUUGGGCAACUCAGUCGGAUGACCUUGCCGCUCUCUUGGCUCAGGAAACCACUUCUGCUGUAGCAAACAACUCCAGUCCUCCUGCUGCAGAAACCCUCAUUGUUCAUACUCUUGAACAGCGUUGUUUGCUUCAGAGACCUUACACUUAUGUUGGUGCCAAUGUGCUUCUCUCCGUUGGUGCUGCUGCGGGCAGUAACAAUGCUGUCGGUGGAGUGGGUAGUCUAUCUGCUCAGUACGACCGGGCUGCUGAAACUGCCAUUUCUACCACUGAUGAUGAUACUCUCUCUCCACUUCCACCUCACACCAUGCAGCUAGCAUCCACUGUUUUUUAUCAGAUGUUGGUGCAUCAAGAGAAUCAAAGUGUUGUCUUUUGCGGUAUGCCUAGUGCUGGUCAGUCUAUUGAUCGCAGAAUUUUUUCUCAGCAACUCGUUGAUUUGAGUAAAAAUGGUAAAAAAAAGUCUCGUGUGUUGUCCGGUGCAGUCAAAAUGGAAUAUGCUCUGGAUUCGUUUGGCAUGGCUAAAUCACCGCAUGCUGUUGAUGCUGCUUGUUACGGUAGAUAUACCGAAUAUCAAUAUUCUUCCACUGGCCGUAUGGUCGGAGUUAAACUACUCGACUACACUUUGGACACUGCUCGUGUGACAGCUGGCUCAUCAAUGGAUGAUGGUGAACGCACCUUUAAUAUCUUUUAUCAGUUGCUUGCUGGUGCUACAAAGGAAGAAAAAGAAACUUUACAUAUUUCAGAAGCAGCUUCCUUUGCAUAUUUAAAAGGCACUAAACUUGCUCGUGCCAAUACCAUCACUCGAUCUGGCACAUUGAGUCGUCGCUUCCCUACGCUAGGUCGUUCUGGAACUACUUCUAAAAAAGAUGGAAAUACUCCUGUUGCAUCCCCAAUGGCUGCGUCAUCCACAUCUGCCCAUCCGUCGUCUUCACCAGAAGAUGCCAUUCCAACCGCCAAGGAUGCCAAAAAUUUCCAAGAACUUCGCGAACAUUUGAAAUCUCUCGGUAUUGGCCGUCGUACCCAGAGCCAAAUCUAUCAGAUUCUGGCCGCCAUUCUACAUCUUGGAAACAUUGUUUUUGGUGUUGAUCCCAAUUUGAAAGAGGAUGAAUCUACUGUAGUUCGCAGCACCGAAACACUCAACAUUGCUGCUGCCCUUUUAGGUCUAAGUUCUAAAUCAUUGGCUGACAGUCUCACGUAUCGUUCCAAACUUGUUGGUCGUGAGCUGUGUUCCAUCUAUCUACAGCCUGAAGGAGCUUUGCUGCAACGAGAUGCUCUUGCAGAAACUUUGUAUUCUUUACUGUUCUCAUGGCUUGUGGAGCAUCUCAACACUCGUCUUUGUAAAUCUGAGGAAGAGGUCAACAGUUUUGUCGGAUUGGUGGAUUUUCCUUGGUUUCGUUCACAGUACACUGGCUCUGCUACCAACUUUUCCAUUUUUAUUGGCAACUAUACUCAGGAGCGUCUUAUUCAGUAUACACAAAACUGUUACUACGAUGAUAUUGAUUUUAUUUUUAAAACAGACGGUCUGUCUGUUACCCUUCCUUCUUAUCGUGACAAUCAAUGGACAGUAGAUGUGUUUCGUGGCACAUCUCGUCAAAAAGGACUUUUGGCACUGCUUGACGAAGAGCCGGAAUCGGGCGAGGAUUUCAGUUUAAAUCGCAAUCAAAACUUGCUUACCCAUUUGGAUAACGGGCUCAAGUCAAACCCUCAUUACAUUGCUUCUUUCCAGUGCUCUACCGUUGCAACUGCCAGUCAUUCCGUGGCCACUACUUCUGCAACAGUCAAAAAUAUGUUUGGAAUUCGCCAUUACAAUACCGAGUCUGUGGUGCAAUACGAUCUUGACUCUUUCUUGGAUCAAGAUAUUUGCAUGAGUGACUUUGUUGCGCUUUUCCGUGGCUCUGCAGGAGUGGCCGAGAGCGAUAUACCAAGCAAAGAGCCCAAUGUCACAUUUAUUGCUGGCUUGUUUUCUAAUCGCACUGGUUUAAAGACUAUUCGGUCUGGACGUGGUGCAGCAAUUGGUGCACAAAAAGCUCAAGGUCCAUUACGCAAGCCAUCUCUAAAGCGCAAGAAGAAGCCUGUGACAGAUGUCACUACAGAUUCACCUGCUGAAACCAAAGAAACGGGCAAGGACAAUGCGUCUAUUGCACCCAAAAGUAAAAGAGUGUCGCCGUUUACACCUGCUGCAGAAAGUAUUGACGAAUUGAUGGAUACACUCAAAUCCACACGUCAUUGGUCUGUGAUUUCAUUUUCAUUGUCUGAGCCUGCAAGCUCCUCAUACUCUGCAUCUCAUAUCAAGUGGCAGCUGUCACAAUUCAACAUUUCUGAGCUGUGCCAAUUCCGAUCUGUUUGUGAUGUGGAUGCCUCGCAUGGUCUUAAAUACAAUGUCUUUACUGAAAAGUAUGCGUCGCUUUUGGCCACAAAGGGACUGUCGCACUCGGCAGGUUCUCCUCGCAAUCUCGUCAAACAGUUUGUUGCUGCCCAAUACUGGUCUACACGUGAAGUUUCACUUGGUAACACGAUGGUGUUUUUGUCGGUUUCCAGAUGGAGAUGGAUUCAUGCUGCCAUGAAACGCUUGGAAUCGACAGAUGAAAAUGACAAUUUACUUUUAAACAACAACAAGACUAACUCGAUGAUGACUUUACCCUCUCAGCCCGUUCCUAACGCUCAGCCAUGGUUGACUUCUCGACAAACUGGACCUCUUACUGAGGAUGAUCGAUCCGAUGUUGAAUCCAAUUACGAAUCGGAAUACGGUUACAAUGACAAUGAUAAUCGUUUCCCUGGAAAAUCUACGGAUAUGGAAAUGGGUAAUAUGAAUCGCACUAAUAUGGCUUCGCCCAUGUCACCUGUUUUGGGCAGCAAGCGUGAAAUUGUCGACAGCGUCACUCCUGUAACUCGCUUACGUAAAUGCUGGGUUUGCUGUACAUGGACUUUAACCUGGUGGAUACCUGGUCCAUUUCUUUCUUGCUGUGGCAAGAUGAAGCGACCUGAUAUUCGCAUGGCAUGGCGUGAAAAAGUUGCUCUAUGUGUGAUUAUUUUUGGGUUAUGUAUGUUUCUUAUGUUCUUUAUCAUUGGUCUGCGGUAUAUUAUCUGUCCUACAGUUCCUAUAAAGUCGCAAAGCGAAGUGCUACAAAAGGCAUUUCGACUUGGACAACAAACCGUUCCCUGGUUUGCUGCCCAUGGUAGAUAUUACUUUGCAGAAGAUCUUAUGUCACAGCAUAUUCGUGAUUAUGGACCGGGUACAGGUCAAGGCUCACUUGCCUUGUAUCAAUUUCAACAAUUUUACGGCAAUGACGUGUCCAAUUUAUUUUUCAAGCAAGAUCGUUGGAGUGUAUACUGUCCUGGUCUCGCUGCACCUCAGCAGGGUUGGGACUACCUUGAUCCCAGUAUUCCAUGGAUGAAGCGUUCCGAUAUUCAAGCAGCAACUCCCAUGGCAAUGCAUCGAUCGACAGACCCUUCAGGUCAGCCCCAGCCGUUUUCCGAGAGUCUAGAUCGUUUUGCCAAAGGACGUAUUGGAUGGACUGAGCAAGCUGUCAAUGGCAUGUCGUCCAACACGAAACGAUUUAUCAUUAUUUUUGAUAACGUAUACUAUGUGUCGCCUAUUGACGCUUUACAAAACGCUACGUUUUCGUUGACGGUGCGUAAUCUACUAAGCCCAACUCCGGGAAGUGAUGUCACUGCAGCAUGGAAAGCUACCCGUGCUCAGUCUGGGGAACUUCAACAAGAACUUGAUACUGCAUUGACCUGUUUAAACAAUAUCUUCUAUGUUGGAACGGUGGAUCGUCGCGACACUUUUCAAUGUCGUCUCACUGGCGGUUUACUUUUAUCCACUUCGAUUGUUCUCGUGUGUGUUGUUGGGUUCAAGUUUUUGGCAGCGCUGCAGUUUUCAUCACGAAAAGAGCCCGAGGCAGGUGACAAGUUUGUAAUUUGCAUGGUACCUUGUUACACCGAAGGCACAGAGAGUUUACUGAAGACGUUGGAUUCUUUGGCGACGUUGAAUUAUGAUGACAAGCGCAAACUUUUGUUUGUUAUUUGUGAUGGCAUGAUUAUUGGUUCUGGAAAUGAUCGACCCACACCACGACUUGUUCUUGAUAUAUUUGGAGUUGAUCCAGAUAUUGAUCCUGAGCCCAUGGCAUUCCAGUCGCUGGGCGAAGGCAAUCGUCAGUACAACAUGGGAAAAAUAUAUUCAGGCUUGUACGAGAUUCGUGGUCGUUCUGUGCCAUUUAUUGUUGUUGCCAAGGUGGGUUCACCUACGGAGCGGGUCAAGCCGGGUAAUCGCGGCAAGCGUGAUUCUCAGUUGGUUCUUAUGAGAUUCCUCAAUCGUGUUCACUUCAAUGCUGAAUUUGCACCAAUGGAGUUGGAUAUAUAUCAUCAUAUGAAGAACAUCAUUGGAGUGUCGCCUAGCUUUUACGAGUUUAUUCUUAUGAUUGAUGCCGACACGGAAGUUGAACCCAAUGCACUGAACCGUAUGGUGUCUGUGAUGGUACACGACGUCAAGGUCAUGGGUCUCUGUGGAGAAACUAGGAUUUCAAACGAAAAGGAGUCGUGGGUUACCAUGGUACAGGUGUACGAGUACUUUAUUUCGCAUCACUUAUCCAAAGCGUUCGAGUCACUGUUUGGCACUGUCACAUGUCUUCCUGGCUGCUUUAGUAUGUAUCGUAUUAGGUCGGCAUCUAAAAACGUGCCUUUGCUUGUUUCACCGGCUCUAUUGACAGAAUACUCGGAGAACAGUGUAGACACAUUGCACAUGAAGAAUUUACUGCAUUUGGGAGAAGAUCGAUACCUGACUACACUGAUGUUGAAGCAUUUUCCUACGAUGCGUACCAAGUUUGCUGGCGAGGCGCGUUGCUCAACAGUUGUACCAGACAAAUGGUCUGUGCUACUUUCGCAGCGUCGUCGUUGGAUUAAUUCUACAGUACACAAUCUGUUUGAAUUGGUGUUUCUGGAUCAACUGUGUGGACUAUGUUGUUUCUCUAUGAGAUUUGUAGUGUUUUUGGAUCUAUUUGCUACAUUUGUGCAGCCAGCAAUCGUUAUUUAUAUUGUAUAUCUAAUCUACUCUGUUUCCACUUCAACAGAUACAUUCCCUCUUUUAUCGAUUAUUCUGAUUGGAUGCAUCUAUGGGUUCCAAGUGAUUAUAUUUUUGAUCAAGCGAGAAUGGCAGCAUAUUGCGUGGAUGAUUAUCUACCUGCUUGCCAUUCCAGUGUUUUCAUUCUGGAUUCCAUGCUAUUCAUUCUGGCAUUUCGAUGACUUUUCAUGGGGCAAUACGCGUGUGGUGGUUGGAGAGGGUAAGAAAACGGUAUAUGUGGCGGAUGCCGAGCCAUUUGAUAUCAGAUCGAUUCCACUGAAGCGAUGGAAGGACUUUGAAGGAAGUGGUGGAGCAGGAAGUGUAGACAGUCGAGGUGGUGUAGAUGCGUGGGAACAUGGAUCACAAGCAUCGGGAUCCAUAGUGCAAGCAGGAGCACACCGUAAUAAGGCAGCUGGAUAUGCAGGAUCCGAGUAUUCAUCACCAGGUGGUGGUGUCUACCAUCGCGGUUCAGCAGCAUCCAACUAUGCAGGGUCGGCGUAUGGGGGACCAGCCCCAUCUAUUUCAGGUAGCUACCAUGGCGGAUUACCAGUGAUUGCUCAAUCUACAGUGCCGGCAAGAUACAAUACACACGAUCUGACACCAGGACAAGCGGCAGAUCCACAACGAUUUUCAAUGAUAUCGUUUGGAGCCUAUCCAACACAAACUAAUGAGAUGCAGAAUGCACGCAAUUCAUCAGCAUCGCUUGUUCCAGGACCUUUCCCAUCACAACAAACGAAUAGAUAUUCAAUGCUUUCUAAUACGUCGCAACAGGUUCCUGUACAAACUGGACCAACGGAUGAACAGAUUUUAGCAGAUAUUCGACAAAUAUUAUCAUCAGGCGAUUUGAUGACACUGACCAAGAAACAGAUACGAGAUGAUUUGGGACAACGAUUUGGAGUAGAUUUGCGACCACGCAAAGAAACAAUCAAUCGAAUGAUUGAUGAAGUGCUUCAAGGACGGCUUUAGAAUCACGGCUGGUGACAAAAAGCAUGAGAAUGGAGAGAUAAAAUAAAAAGUCAUCAGUAACCACCACCAUCAGUGUGUCAUGUGUUUGGGGUGGUACUUGCAUAAAUUGAUUUGACACGCUUUUAUGUGGUCG